AAACAAUUAGGGGCGGGAAUAAUACCUGUUCACCCACACUGUAGUUCACAGAGAUUAAUGUUUUCCAAAAAUUAUUGAAUGAAGAAAAUGGACGGACGUAAUAUUAAUACUUAUAGAUAAUUUGAAAACUAUCGGAAUUCGUGAUUUUUAUUAUUCAUUACUUGUAGUAUAUUAUUUAUAAUUUUCUAUGACCUAGCGUUGAUUUUCUAAUGGUCCAAUAUUGCAAUACUGUACAAUAUUUAGUUUUAAUCACUAACGCCGUGUAUCCUGUAGUUAUGUUAUGAUAGGGACUUGUGUAGAAAAAGACGUCUUGUUGUUUUGAUAAUAUUAUUGUUUUAUUAUUAUCUAUCUAUGUUUAUUUCUUACUUGGCGUACUUAGUUAGAAUAGAAUGGAAUUAGUUUUAGUACAGUAAUUUUCUCAUGGAUCCAUUCAAUUUAUCACGUUAUGCGAAUUUAACUGUUCAAAGGGUUCAACCACCUGAAGAAAAACCACUUCCUAAGGAUAUAGAAAACGAAGAAGAAGACUGUAGUGAUGAAGAAGAGGAUUCCAGUGGUAGCGAAGAUGAAGCUAACAAAACCCGGGAAAUUACAAAAACUGAAGCUGAUUCUAAAAGAUCUGAUAUUGCUGAAUUAAUUGAUGAAAAUGUAAAUGUUAAAUUAGACCUAGAAAGCAUUGAAAAUCAAUUAGAACAGAAGAGCAAAAACAAUGAACAAAGCGAUGAAGAAAUUGAAGCAAAUUCUAAACGGAAAUCGGGUGAAGAAGAAGAUGAUCAAACCGCGAAAAAAGCCAAAAUGAACGAAGAAAGUAUGAUUUUUUUAAAUUUAAUUAUAAAUAUGUAACAGUAAUUUAAUUGUCUUUAAUUUUUUACCUAGAAACCAGUGAUGAUGAUCCUGAUAAUCAAAAUUCAUCAGAAAAACGACCAACCAAUUUAAGACGAAAUAUUCGCGAGGUAAUGGAUGAAACUAAAUUAGAUGAAUCUACCUUGUCUGCUCAAAGACAAGAAAUGGAAAGAUUGAGACGUGUACAAGAACAACAACGUAUUAUCAGAGAGGUAUGAACGGUAUCGUUGGCUUUUAAUUAACAUUCCUAUUUUUUUUAUAAUGUUCUAUUUUAUAGGUUCAAAAACAAAUUGCAAUUAAUAAACAAAAUACCAAAGCUCAAGAUCGUGUUAUGUCUUUGCUUCAAGGUGGUACUACCACACUUAUAAAAAAAAGCGCUGGACCUAUUGAACCACCAAUGCAACCUAAACCUAACACUAUUGUGAUAUCGACUGAUUCAGGAUCACCUCAAAUAUUUAAUAAAAAAAUGUUAGAAAUAUUGAAAAAUCAACCAGAAGCCUCAAAAGAAUGUAAUGAAAUUGAUAAACUAUCAUCCAUUGCUUCUAAACUCGGAGAUGUUAAUGAGCCGCACAUGGUUACUUCUUCUGUUUCAAUUGCUCCAAUAAAACCAGCAAAAAUAGCUGAAGUUGUAACUAUAAGUAGUGGAAGUGAAGAAGAAGUAGAUAGAAAACCGCAAAGUUCAGAUGAUGAUUGUAUAUUAAUUUCUGGUGAUGAAGAAGAAGAAGAUAUUCCAGAUGAUGAUACUAACAAUUGUGGUAUGCAUACGAAUGAUGCUUAUAAUCUACCAGAUGAAUCUGGGCGAGUUCUUAUAAAUGUUGGUCAUCCAGAUAAUGAGCCAGAUGUAUUCUUAGCUCCUCAAAUAGCUCGUAUUAUAAAACCUCAUCAAAUUGGAGGUGUAAGAUUUUUGUAUGAUAAUGUGGUUGAAUCUCUUGAGAGGUUCAAAUCUUCCAAAGGAUUUGGUUGUAUUCUUGCCCAUUCAAUGGGAUUAGGCAAAACACUUCAGGUAAUUUAUCAAUAAAUACUAAGUUAUUUAGUAUGUUUGACUACUUAAUUGUGUUUUAUUUAUUCUUUUAGGUGGUUUCAUUUUGUGACGUUUUUCUAAGACAUACUCCUGCAAAACAUGUGUUAUGUAUAAUGCCUAUAAACACUUUACAAAAUUGGAUGGCUGAAUUUAAUAUGUGGCUUCCUUUACCUGAUGAUACUAACAAUUCUUCAGAAGAUUCAACAAAAACUGGUGAUAUCAUUAAUAGGCAGUUUCCACUAUUUGUACUUAAUGACUUCCAUAAAACUAUAUCGGCUCGAGGAAAAGUUAUUGAAAGUUGGCGAGUUGAAGGAGGUGUUUUACUAAUGGGGUAUGAACUCUACAGACAAUUAACUUCUAGGAAACCACGAAAAAAACGAAAUAAAAAACAAAUUGAUGAAGAUUUGUAUGAUGAAAAAAACAAACCAUUGCUUGAUGGUAAAUAAUUUAUAUAUUAUAUAGUUGAGUAUAAUUUUAGUAAUAACUUAGUUGUUGUUUUUUUUUUUAGAAAUGAGAGAAGCAUUAGUUAAACCAGGGCCAGAUCUAGUUAUUUGCGAUGAAGGACAUAGAAUUAAAAACAGCCAUGCUUCGACUUCACAGUCACUUAAAGAAAUUGAAAGUCGUCGACGUGUAGUAUUAACAGGAUAUCCCUUACAAAAUAACUUGCUAGAAUAUUGGUGUAUGGUAGAUUUUGUUCGUCCAAAUUAUUUAGGAACAAAAACGGAAUUUAGUAAUAUGUUUGAAAGGCCUAUUCAGAAUGGUCAAUGUAUUGACAGUACACCUCAAGAUAUUAGAUUGAUGAGACAUAGAGCACAUGUUUUACAUUCUCUUUUAGAAGGUUUUGUUCAAAGGAGAAGUCAUUCCGUUUUAGAAAAAACAUUGCCUCAAAAAGAAGAAUAUGUUUUGCUUGUUCGUAUGACUCCAUUACAGCGGUUAUUAUAUGAUCGUUUCAUGAAUGAAGUAGUACGGAAAAAAGCAGUUCCUAAUCCAUUGAAAGCAUUUGCAGUUUGUUGUAAAGUAAGUUGUAAUAAAACAACAUGUAUUUCUUAUAUUUUAUACAGAAUAAAUACCUAUAUUCAUGCAUUUUUUAAAGAUUUGGAAUCAUCCAGAUAUUCUUUACUAUUUUCUAAAAAAACGUUCAUUGGAUGAAGCUGAAAUUGAUUUAGAUCUUGAAGAAGCUGGUACACCUUUAGGACCAACUCUAGCUACUUCUCCUUCUGCAGCAUCUAAAAGGUCUAGAAACCGAUGGCCGAAAGGAGGAGGAAUUAAUCCAAAUUCUAAAGAGUUAAAAAUCAACCCAAUUCGGAAGGUAUUUCACAUUUAAUAGCAAAUGUAUCUAAUUAAUACAUGUAUAUUGCAAUAUUCAAUAGCCUACCAUCAAAAUAUGCAUGAUCUAAGCAAUUUAAACAGUAGAUUUUUGAAAAAAAAAAAUUCAGUACACAGAAAAAUAAUUAACAUAUUUGAAUAAAUUGAAAUAGUUUAAAUAUAAGAACUUUGGGGUAGGCCCGUUUAGUGAACACAAUUUUAGUAGCAACAGCUUUAUUGUUAAGGAGUGACUGAUGGGGAAUGUGUAUUAUGUUGUUCCGACAGUCAUGGGCGAUUAUAGGAUAGUAAUAAUAUGAUUUUGUUCGAAAAAAAAAUUAAAAAUCUCUUAUUUUAUAUCUUUUCCCAGAGGAUAUUAUGUCACCUCUAUAUUGGGUCUAUGUCACCCUGGUUAAGAACCAUUGUUCACAAAAUAGAAAGCUUAAAAAAUCAAAUGUUUACCUAAUUUUAUAGAAAAUGUACAUACAUAUUUUGAUAUUUUUUUCAUAUAAGACACUUAUCUGAAAUAUGUCAUCAAAAUUAAUUGAAAAAUAGUUUAUGGUCAGAUUAACCGGCUGACAAGACCAAAUUUUAAUGUGGCAGAUUUUAUUACUUUGGUUACAUAAUUCUAAAAAAUUCUUUUGUUAUUUAAGUAAUAAAUAUUACACUAAUACUUAAUAAUAUGAAAUAUUAAUUGUUGAUAUGUAGAUUUUAACAUCUAAAAUUUAAUAAAAAAAAUAAAAUAAAAUAAAAAUAAUACCUAUCAACUGUGAAAAUUUAGGUAUAUUAACUAAAUGAAGUUAGCAGUUUUAAUGAAGCCAUGAAUAUAAAUUAUUUAAUGACUAGAAUUGUUUUUAAUUUAAAAAUAUUUAUUUUUAAUUAUAUAUUAUUUAAUACAUUUUAGAACAUAAAAAAAGAUCUAAUGAAGACUCCAGCUGUGGCUACUGUAAUGCCAAAUACAAGUAACAAUCAACUGCAUACUCCUACUACUCAUAAUCAUAGCACCACACCUGUUAUACCACCUAUGCAGUCUAAUCAAUAUGAUGAUUAUUCUUCACAAUCACAUCAAUAUGGGAAUCAAGGCAAUUUCACAGGCCAGCAAUUUAACAAUUAUAAUCAAAACAAUUAUACUCCUUCUUACUGGAAAGAAGGUGGAAACUUUUAUCGAGGUAAUUCUGAAUAUUAUCAAUCUAAUCCAAAUUCAGAAACAAAAAGUCAAUAUCCCUAUCCUCAAGAUCCUAGACUGGAAGUCGGAGAAAUUAGGAUGGUUAAAAGUGAGCCUAGUUAUCAAACUUACGAGGAAACUAGUUUUAGUGGUUCAAAUGAUCAAAAUCAUUAUCAAAAUCGUGGGUUUAGCCAGGAUACUACACAAGGACCACAGCAAUCCGAACAACCAUUACACAAUCAAGGAUUUUCUCCAGAUAUCCAAAAAGUUAAUCAAAGCAAUUUUGAAAGUAAAGGAACAAAUCAAGAAACUACACCUUUGCAAACCAUUCCAAAUAUUCCAGGAAGACAAGCAGAUAAUAUUUCUGAUCAAAUAUCAAUGACAAAACCAAAACCAAAAAAUGUACGUAAUCGCAAAUCAACCAUUAAUAAUAAACAAAUUCAAAAAAAUCAAUCAGUAACUAUAGCUAAUUCAGGAGUAAACAUUGAUAAUAGUUGUAAUGAUAAUAAUAGUAAUUUAACUAAUCAACAAGUGUUGUCUAAUACCAAAGAAAUAUCAUUUAGGCAAGCGUUUAAUCAAGUCAACAGCCAAGAAGUCCAUUCUAAUAGUAACCAAGGGUUGUUUACAAAUAAUCAAGAUAUGUUAACUAAUUCCAACAAAGGAAUAUUUGGAAAUUCUUCGAGAAAUAAUGAAGAUAUGCAGUUUAACAAUAGCCGUACUUCUUUGUCAGAAAGUAAUAAAGGUAUUUAUGGGGGUAAUUUAAUGAAACAGGGGAAUGACAAUAGUACUGGAGGUAUGGCUGUUAGUUUUGAAGGAAUGUUUGACAACAAUCGAAUAAUGGCAAAUCACCAGAAACCCAAUUUGAGUCAACAACGCAUUGUACAAACCAAUUCCAUUCAAACCAAUAUUAGCCCACAAGAUAUUAACAGUAGUUUGAGUAGUAACCAAAGUACAUUAAAUAACCAAAGUAUUCAAAAUCAAGUUACAAAUCAUCAAAUAAUUGAUAGCCCAAGAAUAAUGAAUAACAAUACUGUUAACCAAAGUGUUCGAACUCAAGGAAUUAAUUUGUUAUGUGAUACUAAUAAUCAAGGACAAUUAACAAGUAAUCAGGGCACUGUACAGCAUAACCGCUCAAGAUCCAUUUCUCAUGACCGCAGUAUGUUGACAGGACAUCAAGAAAUUGAACAAAAAUUUGUGAAUCAACAACAUCAACAGUUGCAACAACAACAUCAACAGCAGCAGCAACAUCAACAACAUCAACAGCAGCAGCAACAGCACCAUCAACAACAAUAUCAAAAUUCAGAAAACGUAUUGUCAAAUCAAGGACAGCUUCCAAUUAUGACCCCUAGUAAUUCUAGUAAUAAUAGUUAUAACAAUUAUAUGUUAGAAUCCAAUCAGCAAAUGACUAAUCAUCAGAAUCAUAAUACUUAUGGAACCAUAUUACCUGAUUCUCCAUUUCAAAGUCAAAAUAUUUUGAACGAUCAGAUGUUACAUGACCAAGAAAUGUUAUUGGCUAAUGAUCAAGCCAUGUUAAGUGUUCUUAACUCUACUACUGAUGCCCAUGAACAAGCCUUAUUAUAUAAUGCUAUGGUUGGUCAGCCUGAUGGACAUGGUUUACUUGGUCUUUUAGAGCCACCUAGUAUGUUAAACAAUCAAAUUAAUGAAUAUCAACCUACUUAUGGUCCAUUGCCACCAAAUGUCAAACCUGGAUUGCCUGGAGGAGCAAAGACAGAUUCUGAAUCUAAUCAAUAUCUAAGAGCCCCAAACAAUCAACAAAUGAUUGGAAGAGGGAUCACUUUAAUGCCUGGAGUUCAUAAUCAAAACGAAUCAAAAAUUUAUCCAGAACUUAAUAAUCGUUUCAGUUUACCAAAUUCAAAUGAAUCAUAUCCAAGGUAUUCAAACUAUUCUCCAAUGUACCAGCAAUAUAAUCCAAGUACAAGUACGCCUCUGGGAAGUAUAUCUGAUAUACUAGAUAACAUUCCUGGACCCGAACGUACAUAUCAACUUCCAGAACGUAAGAAUCCAGCACCUUGUACCAUGACCAGUCAAGAUAUUAAUCCAUUGCCACCAUUUCGUUCAUUGGAAACCAAAACAAAAUAUGAAUAUGGAGGAACUAGUACUACAGACAUUGAUCAAUCUCAUGAUGAAAAACAUAAUUUGUUUUCCGUGGAUAAAGAAUCAAGAUCCAUGGACGAUAAUAUUGAUGCAAAAAUGUCGACAUUAGAGGAAGGUGAAAUAAAAAACCCAUCACUUUUAAUUAAAAGUGGUAGGGAGGAGCCAGGAAUACCAUAUGAUUGGGUAAGACAUUAACAUUGUUUAAUUAAAAAUCAAUUGGAUAUAUUUAGAUUCUAAGCAGAGCAAGGAAAGUAUUGGUUUUACAAUAUUGUACACAAUUUUUUUCUGUCUAUGAGCAACAUUUUUACUAGAAACCAAAAUGCAAUACAAAAUGUUGCAUUUAGGAUCUAGCUGAUGCAUAGAUGAGGUCAUUUUCCAUGUAGUAUUUAUAAUAAUUAAGAAAUAAAUAAAAAAGUUAACAGCAUUAUCAAUUUCAUUAUCUUCUAUUUUGCUGUAUUUUGAUAAAAAAAUUAUUGUAGAGAUUUGAAAUGUUUACAGAAUAUUUAUAUUAGCCUUCUGUAAACAUGUUAAAAUGUUCAUAACAUUCUAAAAAUGUAUAAACUAUUUAAUGAUGUUAGGUAUUUUUGAGUUUUUAUUUUUAUAUGGAUGCAAUUUUUGGUCACACAAAUGCUUGAAAAUGUAAUAUGAGAUACAUUGUAAGUUGUACUUAAUAUUAAAAACUAAGAAGUUGAGUGUAAUUUUUUUUUUUUCGCAAGUGAUACACAUUUGUAUUUAUUGUCAAUUAAAUAUUCUGUAGGCUGUUGAAUUAUUCAACGAUUAUGUACCGGGUAUGAUUGAAGCUUCAGCCAAGAUGUCAUUGUUAUUUGCCAUUGUUGAAGAAUCUAUUCGAAUUGGUGAUCGUGUUUUGUUGUUUAGUCAAUCAUUGUUCACAUUAGACUUAAUUGAGGAAUUUUUACAGCGAACUAAAAUACCUGGUAAAGAUGAAAAUUGGUGUAGAAAUUGUGAUUAUUAUCGUAAGUACAAUAAUACUUUAAUACUGUAUAAUUUUCUUUUUUAUAAUUAAUGAAAAAAAAAAAAAAAUGAUUAAUUAUUAUUAGGUCUCGAUGGUAGUACAUCUGCAUCAGAACGUGAAAAGUUAAUUAACGAUUUCAAUAUUUGUAACACAGUUCAUUUGUUUUUGGUAUCAACACGUGCUGGAUCAUUGGGCAUUAAUCUUGUUGGAGCAAAUAGAGUUAUUGUGUUUGAUGCCUCUUGGAAUCCUUGCCAUGAUACACAGGCUGUUUGCCGAGUUUAUCGUUACGGUCAACGAAAACCUUGUUUUGUAUACAGAUUAGUGACAGAUAAUUGUUUAGAAAAAAAAAUCUAUGAUAGACAGAUAAAUAAACAGGUUAUGGCGGACCGUGUCGUGGAUGAAUGUAAUCCAGAUGCUCAUUUAUCCAUCAAAGAAGUAACUAAUUUAUGUUGGGAUGAUGGAGAAUCUAAACCAGAAAAAGAUUUUUCAUCACUCAAAGAUAAUUACGAUGAUAUAGUUAUAAAACAUAUAGUUGAAAAUUUCAGUUCUGUGCUUACUAAGGUAUAUGAUAACAAUUCAAUGUAAUUUUAGUAUUUAUCAUGUGUUUUUUAUUUUACAGGAACCAUUUCAACAUGAAUCAUUAUUUGUGGACCGUAAAGAAAAAAAGUUAUCAAUGGCAGAAAAAAGGUUGGCUAAAAGAAGCUAUGAAAUGGAGAAAAAAGCUAACAGUAGACCUGUGUAUUCUUAUUAUGGCCAAAAUCCUGCAUCUUCAUUGUAUAGGUGAGGAUAAAAAAAAAUAUACUAUACUGUUUUUAUUGUAUUAUUUAAUGAGAUAUUUUUAUAGAAAUCAAAUGGGUAAACCAAUGGCCAGUGUGCGUCCAAUGCAAUCAAUGUCUAAUACAGCUGUAAUGGCAAGUCGAAAUGCUUUGAAUCGCAGGUGGAUACCAGCCGAAGUCUGGCAAAAACAAGGAAUGAGUGCACAAGAAAUGACAUUACCACUUGGUGAUUAUUUGAAAAUUAUUCAAUAAUUAAAUUACAAAACAUGUUUAAUUUUUACUAUUUCUUUAAGAUGUGGUAAUUCCAACAAAUGCUGGUGACCGAGGUUCAAUUGUAUUAAAAGCUGGUCAAAAAGUAAUGGUUCUUAAAAGUCCUAAAGGAAUAUAUAUGCAGUUGGAAAGUGGAAAAAUAAUUGCCAUUCGUACGUCAGCUAAUAAUAAGACCAAUAAUCCAUCACUUCCAGGUCAAUCAAUUACCUCACAACAGCAACAACAGCCACCAACUACUCACUUAUCUACACCAUAUAAUAAACCACAACCUCUAGAAACCAGUUUUAAUUCAGGAUCUAAAAAUAACGGUUUGUGAUAAAUACUAUUUAAUAUACAAAUGAAAAAAAAGUAUAUUUAAUAUUAAAAUUAAGGUGGUCUUUACUUUUGAACUUCAAUAAUUUUGUGUCCUGGGCUUGAAAUUCUGUUAGGUACUUUGUAAAAAUACUGAUAAAUGAAGUUAACUUCUUCACAUGCCUCAAAAGGAUUCAAUUUUAUAAAAGGUGUUGUUUUUGGAUUUUUAAAUUUUUAAUCAUACAAAAAAAUUAUCAGAAAUUCUAUGAAAUAGCACUCUUAAACAUUUCAGUGAACUUACCGUUGUAAGUGAAAAAUCAAUUUUAAAGUUGGUGGAUCUAAAAUUAUGCUUAAUCUUGAAUUUUCUGUUACAAAACUACUAACUUUUAAAUCAAUUUUUUUUUACAUAUCAUGGUAAGUUUCACUGAAAUUUCAAAGUGAGCUUUAAGUAGGAAAUCCUUUUUACUAUAAUAUAGUUUUUAAUACAUUUUUUGUGUUUAAAAUUAAAUAAAAAAGUUUAAAAGCUACACCUUUUUUAAUAAAUUCAACCCCUUUGAUGCACAUGAUGGGGUUGACCUAUAAUACCCAAAAUUUACAAAAAUUAUUUUUAAAAUUUACCUAACAGAAUUUUGAGCAAGUGAAUUCAAAUAUUCAACACCUAUAGGUAAAAGACGGACCACCCUAAUAAAAAUAUGUAGCAAUAAUGGAGAAUAAAACUAUUCAAAUUUACAUGGUUGUGUUAUGGAAAGUAAACAACAAGUAAAGUUUAACUCUCAGAUUUUAAAAUCUUUUCAUCAUUCAAAAGAUAUUUAUAUUAAUUCUGUUACUGUGUACAUAAGAUAUUUAUUUAAAAAAAAAUCAAUUCAUUAUACAACAUACUAACUAAAUUAAUAUAUUACGAGAUCAAUUUUUAUUUGGAAUUGAAUAAUUAAAAAAUCAAUAUGCACCAUACUUGUAUCUAUUGUUAUUGAAUAUCAUGAAUUUAGAUUACUUUAGUUCAGGCUAUCACAUAUCAUAGAAUUCAUUGUAUGUCUCUUAGUAUUUUAUUUUUUCCUAAAAAUAAAAUGUUGUUUAAAUCUGAAAGGUUUACCAAAGUUUUACUAGUUAUAUUUAUUUAUUAAUUUUUUAUAUUGAGUAUACAUUUUUUUUUUUUUUAUAUCAAUUGUAUGUUUAAUUCAAUCAGUAUGGUUUUAGAUGUCUCUAUGCAACAGUUACGAAAUCGUUCAAAUCUAUUAAGGAACAAUCCUAGCAUUUCAAUUACACCCAAACAUAUGCCUCCAACUUCCAGAUCUGUUCAGUCACCUUCAUAUAUGCCACAGACUAUGCAUUCAUCUGCUGCUGGUUCUCAAUCUUCAACUAACAUAUCAUCUACAUACCCACCUAAAUUACCUCCUUCAAUAACAUUGACAAAAUUUGAACGAUCACCUAUAACUCACAAAUCAUCAGAAAUAGGUGUACAAGCAGAUUCAGCAAACUCUAAUUUUGUACCCAGGUAUCCACUAGAGUACCCAAGGUUUGACAGGUAUCCAGUUAGACCUGAAUAUCCACCGAGAAUGCCUCAAUCUUACAAUAACAAUUAUCCACCAAAUUACCACCGUCCUUCAUCUUCACAAUAAAAUUAUAUAUAUAUAUAUAUAUGUAUGUAUAUAUAUAUAUAUACACACACAUAUAUAUGUAUUCUAAUCAUAAGACUAAAUUUUAUGUGUAAAUAAAAAUAUUGUAAAUACUUUUCUUUUGAUAAGAAUUAGGUGUUCAAUAUUAUCCUAUAUUAUCGUGUUAUUUUUUACAAAUAAAAAAAUUAACUUAAUUUAGCAAAAAUAAUUGUCAGUAUUUUCCUAUUUAAAAUUUUUACGUUGAAUAUUUAAUACAAUCAAGCAUUUAUUUCUUGCAUGUUCCUGUUUCUUUAAAAUAAUUAAAAUUUAUUUUUUUGAACAGUAAAUUAAUAAUUGAAUUAUAUCAGUGUGAGUAGCAAAGUAAUAAUUAUUGAAGAUAGACUUAAUGUUUUAAAUACGUUUAUAUUCUUGUUUAGUUCAUGUUUGUUAACAUUGUUAUAUAUAAUUUUUUUUAAUUAUCGUU